GGGGGGGGGGGGGCGGGGGGGCCCGGGGUGAGGGGGGGCGCCGGAGGGUCGGGGGGCUGCGAGGGGCUGGGUGUGGGGGGGGGCGCUGGGGGGGGGGGGGCGGGGGGGGGGGGGGCUGGGGGGGGGGGGGGCUGGGAGCGGGACAACUCGGGGGGGGCGGGGAGGGGUGGCGGUGGGAGGGUCGGGGGCAUGGGGAGGGGGCUCGGGGAGGCGCGGUGGUGACUGGGGGGGAGGGGGGUGGGCGGGGGGGGGGGCCGGGGGGGGGGGGGAAUACGAGGGGGGGGGCGACGGGCCUGGGGGGGCUCGGGGGCGCUGCUACGAGUGGAGGGGACGGGGGGGUGGGGGGGGGGAGGGGGGGGGGGGGGGUAGCCCCCCCCCAGCCGCCUCCCGCCCCAAAGACACCCGGCCCAGCCCCCGGCCAACCUGGGGGCGGGGCUACGGGGGCGGGGAGGGUGGGGGCCUGGGGGGGGGGGGGCUGGGGGCCAUGGGGGGGGGGUGGGGGGGUGGGCGGGGAACCGGUGCUGCACCCGGGCUGGAAACGGGGGGGUGGGGGGCGCAAGGGGGGGGCGGGGGGGGGGGCGGGCCCUGGAAGGGGGGGUGUGGGCGUGGCGGGGGGGGCGACUGGCUGGGGGUCUGGGGGGGACUGGGGCGUUGGGUGGCGUGGGGGGCGGGGGGGGGGGGGGGGGGGGGGCGGGCAGGGGGGUGGGGGGUGGAGGGGGGGAGGGGGGGGAGGUGGGGGGGAUGAGAGGGGGGUGGGCACUGGGGGGUGCGUCUGGGGGGGGGCUGGUGGGGGCUGGGGGGCGGGGGGGGGGGGGCUGGACAGGGGGGGGCGUGGGCUGGGCAGUCUGGGGGGCUGGGGACUGGGCUGGGGGCACUGGGGGGGGUAUGGAAGCACUGUCUGGGGGGGGUGUCCGUGGGGGGUGCACUGGGCUCGGUGCGCCCGCACUGGGGAGCACGGGGGGGGCUGGACUUUGGGGGGUGAGCGGGGGGGGGGCUGGGCGGGAGGGGCGUGGCGGGGGGGGGGGCGGGACGGGGGAGCUGGGUGCAACUGGGGGGCGGGAAGGCGGGAGGGGGGGGCGACUGGGUGGGGUGUGGGGGCACGGGCUUGGGGAGGCGAUGGGAGAGGGGGGGGGAGGGGGGGGGGGGGGGGGGGGGGGGGGGGGGGGGGAUGCACUGGGAGUGUGGGGGGGGGACUGGGGGGGCGGGCGGGGGGGGGGGCACUUGGGGGCAGGGCGACUGGGGGGACGGGGGGUGGGGGGGCGAGGGAUGGGGGAGGGGGUGGCAGGGAUGGGGGGGGCGGGGUGACUGGCACUGGGGGGGGGGGGGGGGGGGGGGGGACAGGGGGGCCGGGGGGGGGGGGGCUGGGCACUCCCCUGGGGGGGGGGGGGGGGGGGGGAGAAUGGGGCCCCGCACCUGGGGGGGAGGCGGGGUGCGGCACUGGGGGGGGGGCAGGGGCGGAGUGGGGGGGGGCUGGGGGGACUGGGAGAGGGGGAGGGGCAAGGGGGGGGGGGGGGGGAGGGGGGGGAGGGGAAGGCGGGGGGGGGCCAGGGCAAGGAGGGAGGAGAGGAGGGCGGCUGGGGGUGGGCACUGGGAGGGAGGGAGGGGCGGCUGGGGGGGGGGCGGGGGGAUGGCGGGGGGAGGGGGUGGACUGGGGGGGGCACGAUGAGGGUGGGGGGGGUGGGGGAGGCUGGCGGACGGGGGGGGGGGCGGGGGGGGGGGGGGGGGGAGCUCUGGGGGCGGGGGGGGAGGACGGGGGGGGUGGGGCCGUGGGCGGGGGCGGGGGAGGGGGAAUGGGGGGGGGGGCGGGGGCGGGGGGGCGGGGCUGGGGGGAGGUUCGGAGGGACGGGGGGGAAACCGGGAACAGUGGGGGGGGGCGGGGGGGGCCAAGCACGGGGGGCGAGGGAGGGGAGCAGGGGGGGGGGGCGGGGGACUGCGGGGGGGGAGGGUGGGGGUGGCACUGGGGUGGGGGCGGGGAGGCAGUGGGAGGGGGGGGGGGGAGAGGGGGGCGGGGGGGGGCUGGGGUCUGGGGGGGGGGCAGGACAUGGGAGUGCACUGGGGGCGGGGGGAGGGAGGGGGGCGGAGGGGAGGGGGGGGGGGAGGGGGGGGCGGAGGGCGGGGGCGGGCGGGACUGGGGGGAGCGGGCGAGGGUGGGGGGGGACGGUGGGGACUGGGGGGUGCGCACUGGAGGGGCUGGGGACGGCGGGGGGGGGGGGAGGGUGGGGACCGGGGGGGGGGGGGGGGGGCAGGGGGGGGAGGCUGGGCAGGGCAGGGUGCUGGGGGGGGGGGUCUGGGCUGGGGCGGAGGCACUGGGGGGGGGGGGGGGGGGCGGGGGCUGGGGGGGAGGAAGCGCUGUGGGGGAGGGGGGGGGGUUGACUGGGGGUGGGGGGGCCCAACGCCACUGGGGGGGGGGGGGUGAGGGGGGGGGGGGGGGGGCGCUGGGGUGGCGGGGGGGAGGUACGGGGGGGGGGGGGGGGGGGGGGCGGGCCUGGGGGGGGGAGGGGGGGUCCGGGGGGGGGAAGGGGGGAGGGGGGGGUGGGGCAUUCGAGGGCGGGCCCUGGGCUAGGCUGGGGGGGGGGGGGGGGUUCCUGUCAGAAGGUGAUCGAGGGGACGGGGGGGGGAGGGGUGGGGGGGCGGGGGGGGAGGGGGGGGGGGGGGGGGGGGGCCACGGGGGGGGGGGGGGGGGGUGGGGGGAGGGGGCGGGGGGAGGGGGGGUGGGUCAUGGGGGGCGGGGGGGGCGUAGGGUGGGGGGGGCGGGGGGGGGGGGGCGGGGCACGGGGGGGGGCUGGGAGAUGAUAGGGAGUGGGACACGGGGGGGGGGGGGGGAGCGCGCACUACCGCCGCCCGUGGCAUGGGGGCUGGGGGGUGGAGGCGAGAUGAGCGGUGGGGCCUGGGAGGGGGGGGUCGGACUGGACGGGGGGGGCGGCCUGUUUGGGGGGGGGGGCGGCCGCACAUGGUGGGGUAGCAACUGGGCGGGACGGGGGGAGCGGGGUGGUGGGGGCAGUCACUGGGGGGGGGGAAUGGGUGCGGGGGGGGGGCGGGAGGGGGUCAGGGUGUCGGACUGCGGCCGCUGGGGCUGA